CUGGACCACUUGGCCGUUCAUCCGGAUAAUAAGGAAAUAUGUUCUUCAUUCGUACCAUCCUCAUAACCAUUCUGGCACUAUCACCUAUCACUGCUGUCCACUGGAUAGCUCUCUCAAAGUGGAAGCAAGGUUGGAACAAGUCAUCGCAGUGUCUUUUAGCCAAGAAGCAUCUGUUGCUGAGAGGAAGGCAAGUGUCUCUGUGUCAGAAGCACAUGGAAGUCAUGCCACAUUUAGUAACUGCAGCUAGAGAUGCAACUAGCGUUUGUUUAGCCGCUUUCAUUGACAGGAGAUGGAACUGCUCCAGCAUAAACUCAGCUCCACAUCUUACGCCAGAUCUCGUAAAAGGUACCCGAGAGCAGGCUUUCAUGUACGCUCUAGCUUCUGCAGCAGUAGCACAUAAUAUCGCCAGGGCCUGCAGUGAUGGUUCCCUGGCUUCCUGUGGAUGUGGUGAAAUACCUCAUGAGCCACCGCAUGGCGAUUUUAAAUGGGGUGGAUGCGGUCACAAUGUCAGGCAUGGUCUCAAGUUUGCCAGGAAUUUCGCAGACGCUCCUUGGCGACAGAAAUCUGUGCGAAAGAAAGUUGAAGCGUCCGUAAACAGACACAACAAUCAAGCUGGAAGAAGAGUAAGUGAUUUAAAAAAGUCGUCAAUAUUAUUUAAGUGUAUUAACAAAAAACCUUAA